GUUUGUUCACACAUGGUGGGCGUGCUUGACACCAACAUAUGUUGGCAUGGUUCUUUCUCUUGGCACAGUAACAAAGACAUGGGAAACACUCAGGUCCAGGCUCCAGAGGAAGCCUUCUGUGACCUGGAGCCACACCAGGGUUUACAGCUGGUCCAGCUCACAGUGAUGCCGUCCUUCUUCGUGGUGGUGCUGGUCCUCGGGCUGCCCCUCAACCUGCUCUCCCUCUGGAUCUUCUUCCACCGCAUGCGCCGCUGGACCCGCAGCACCGUGUUCCUCUUCAACCUGACCCUGGCCGACACCUCGUGGCUGCUGGCCUUGCCCCUCCUCGUCCAUUACCACGUGGACCGGCUGCGCUGGAGGCUGGGGCUGCAGCUGUGCGUGGCCGUGAGGAUGCUCUACCACAACUACUUCUACCUCAGCAUCUUCUUCGUCACCUGCGUCAGCGUGGACCGGUACCUGGCCAUCGUGCACCCGCUGCGCUCUCUGGUGCUGCUGGGCCGGAGGAAGACUUACCUGCUGUGCGUGGCGGUGUGGGCGGCCACUCUGCUCCUCAGCGUGCCGGUGGCCAGCAUGACCCUCAUCCAGACCUGCCCCGAGAGCAACCGCACCGUGUGCACCCUGUACAUCCUGCUGAGUGAGUCCGGAGAGAGCCUACCGUAUUCCCUCGUUUGCACCAUCCUCUGCUUCCUCUUGCCGCUGCUCCUCAUCUGUUACUGCGGCCUGCGCAGCGUCCGGGAGCUGCGGCGGAGGCCCAGCCGAACCGACCCGCACAACAGGCAGCGGCGGCGGCUGCGGCGCGUCCUGAGCGCAGCGCUGGUCCUCUUCGCCCUCUUCUACCUGCCCUACCACCUGAGCCGCAACGCCGCCAUCGUGAUGAGGGCGAUCUACCCCGAAAACCCAGCCUCUUGGUGGGCCUCAGACCUGGCCUUCACCCUGGAGAUGUGCUUCUGCAGCCUCAUCACCUGCGUCAACCCGCUGUUCAGCUGCUUCAUAGGCCGCCAGUUCAGGGGAGAGUUCCAGGGCUCUCUGACGGUGGUGUUCUCCCAGUGUCCAGGCAUGCAGGUGGCCUCUGUGAUAUCUAAGAGGACCCGGAGGACGAUGCGGAGGAGGCAGGGGAUGUCUGCUGUCACACCUGAGUGCGCACUACCAGCACCUGAACUUUAAAAUAUGUCUAAGAACUAUAGUAAACUUUGUAUAUUUGUAUUUUAAUCACUUCUUCCCUUUGAUUACUGAUAAAUGUAUACAUUGUAGAAAAGGCCCCAAAGAUAAAGAGUUAUUUGUGUCUGGGUUCAGCCAAAUUCCCUUUG